AGGUUAGUCGUGGUGCCAUCAGUAGUGCCGAGAAGCCCGCGAGAAAAGUGUUUAGUGCUUCUGGAUUAGGUGGGUUAAGCGUGGCUUGUCGCUCUCGUUACAGUUUUGUGCCUAACCAUCCCAGCCUGGACGUCCCAGUCAGCCGGCCAAGGCUCCGCAGAGCUCCGAGAACAAACACACAGCGCCGUAGAGGCCCAUAGUGGUGCUUAUAGCAGAAGAGAACGCACCCGCGACCGGUUUCCGGAGAACGAGCGAGAGAGAGAGAGAGAGAACGCGAACCGGAGAGCAAUUGUGGUGUAGAGCGCUGGUCCACACCACCACGUGACCGUUGGAUAGAGCAGCAGCAGCAGCAGCAGCAGCAGCUGGGAAGCAUUUGAAGAGAGCAAUACCGAGCGGAAUCGUACACCAUGGCGUUCAGUCUUGCGUUAGCGUUCUGUCAAGGGAGUGCCACCGUCAAUCGGGGCGUUCUGCUUCGGCCCGGAAGUUUGCGAAUUGGACGCACGGCAUCGACAUUGCACCAUCCCAACUGUCCAGCGGCAGCAGCAGCAGCAAUAAACCGUGCCAUUACGUACAGCCAGCAAAAGCAACGGUAUCGCACGAUGACAACAACCGCGUGCGUGCAGCAGCAGCGAUGCGUUUCGGUCGACAACAUCAACCCGGCGAUCAAAACGAUGGAGUACGCCGUACGUGGCCCGCUGGUCAUCCGGGCCGGGGUAAUCGAGAAGGAGCUGGAACAGGGCGUGAAAAAACCGUUUAAGGAGGUCAUCCGUGCCAAUAUCGGCGACUGUCACGCGAUGGGUCAGCCACCGAUUACCUUCAUCCGUCAGGUACUGGGACUGGUGUCGUAUCCACCGCUGUUCGGAGAUCCGAACAUCUCGGACGAUGUGAAGCAGCGGGCCCGUGGAAUUCUGGAUGGGUGCAAAGGAGGGUCGGUCGGUUCGUAUUCAGAUUCGGCUGGUAUCGAGGUGAUCCGGCGGCACGCUGCCGAGUACAUUGAGCGCCGCGAUGGUGGAAUUCCGUCCGACUGGCAGAACAUUAUCCUGUCGGCGGGUGCGUCGGGCGGCAUCAAGGUGCUGAUGUCACUGCUGCGCUGUCCGAUCGAUGGUAAGAAGCCGGGUGUCAUGAUACCGAUCCCGCAGUAUCCACUCUACUCGGCCACGAUCGCCGAGUUCGACAUGGAACAGAUUGGCUACUACCUGGAUGAGUCGAACAAGUGGGGGCUAGACAUUGCCGAACUCGAACGGUCGCUGACGGAGGCUCGGAAGAUAUCGGCGCCCCGCAUUUUGGUCGUGAUCAAUCCGGGUAACCCGACCGGCCAGGUACUGUCGCGCAACAACAUAGAACUGAUUAUAAAGUUCGCGCACCGCGAACGGUUGGUGCUGUUCGCGGACGAGGUGUACCAGGACAAUGUCUACGAGGUCGGCUCGAGUUUCCACUCGUUCAAGAAAGUGAUGACGGAAAUGGGCGAACCGUACAGUAAAAUGGAGCUGUGCAGCUUCAUGUCUUGCUCGAAGGGCUACAUGGGCGAGUGCGGCAUCCGUGGUGGGUACGCUGAAAUUGUCAACCUGUGCCCCGACGUACGCACCAUGCUACUGAAGUGCAUCUCCGCUCAGCUAUGCCCGACCACGGCCGGCCAGGCUGUGCUGGACUGCGUGGUGAAUCCGCCGCAACCGGGCGAACCUUCAUACGCGCUGUUCAUGAAGGAAAAGAAGGCCGUGCUCGAUUCGCUACGGGAUCGAGCAGAGCUUGUCGCGAACACCUUCAACUCGAUCGAGGGCUUUUCGUGUAAUCCGGUGCAGGGUGCGAUGUACGCAUUCCCACAAAUUCGCCUACCGCCGAAGGCGAUCGAGGCAGCCAAGAAGGAGGGCAAACCAGCCGACACGUUCUAUGCAUUCCAGUUGCUCGAAGAAACAGGUAUUUGCAUUGUGCCCGGAUCUGGGUUCGGUCAACGCCCCGGUACAUAUCAUUUCCGCACCACGAUUCUACCGCAGCCGGAAAAACUAAAAGAGAUGCUCGGGCUGUUCAAGUCCUUCCACGAGAAGUUCCUUCAGAAGUACAAGUAAACUAUGCGCCCACCGGUGGCCCAUUCAUCACAAACAGCCUUCUACCCAGACCAACCAUCAUCUGCUUCAGGGGGACGGCGCACAUGGUGAUAGCAAGUCACUUUAAGCCGGGUCACGAAAUAUAUUGUCUAACGGCAUCGUUGCUCGGAAGCGAGUUGCCUGGAAUACUUUUGGUGCAAUCAAAAUUCGUAGAAUAACGAGGGAAGGAAGGAGGCGGCAAGCGCGGUAGGAAAAAUCGAGAUAAUUCCAAAACAACAAUAUUGAUUGCAAUAAAAUUGCAAGUUUUAAGUUUUCAUAUUAUAAAGCAAUGACGUGUGCCGCACAUCACAUAUUCACGUUGUAAUGCGCCACUAAGUAACGCUAUGUUGAGCGCUUGACAGUGUUUAAUAAUAUUUCAUCACUAUGGCGGUAAAUUUUUAGGAAACGGGGUAUUUGACCAAUUAAUUAGUAGCGGACUCGGCAGAAAAUCAUUGAUUGCGACGAGGCGACAAAGCGCUUAUUGAAUCAAAUCGUAUCCACAUAUUCUCUGAGUGAACGGAAACGUAGCUCACUUUGAAGGGAACUGUUAUCUUAUUUCGGUAUUAUCAAAUACUCAAUGUGCACCAGUAGAUGCUGAAGAAAUAUUAUUUGCUGCAAUUAAAAUCAUGAAAGAAAAGUCGUGUACUUAAGUUAACAGUAGCUUCGUUGUGUGUUAGUUUUUCAUCGAUGGAAAACUAUACUACCUGAUUGUUCACGUGUAACUUGAUUAUUCCUAGAGAAAUACAAAACAAACAGCCAAAUAGUUUUGCAGACAAAGCUUGAAAAUGGACAUAACAAAGCGAAACUAAAAGCUAACAAAUAAUGCGCAAAGGGACGUUGAAUUCUCGGAUGUUUGAUGUUGUUAUACAGUAUACACAAAAGCCGUUGUUGGAAGCAAAUAUUGAAGAUAGCGUGCUAAGAAGUGUAAGAUUAAACUCUAGCCCAGUUGUACGAUUCAAUGUGGUGUGAUGUGCCUGGGAGAGUUUAACAUGCAUCGUACAUAUGCAUAAGUACCACUACAUAUAUUGCUUCGAGUGGUUCACAUACGUGCCACGUCUUUCGAGGCAUGUCGUAAUAAUUGUUGAAGUUGAAGAUGAUAGCGAUGAUGACGGGAAUGGUACAGCGAUGAGUCGGAGGAAUGUUGAAUGAAAAAUGCACCCUUGAGGAGGGAAUAAUUGGUUAACUAGUAUUGGCCCAUUGGCACACGGAUUGAAGCUGGAGCGAAAAAUGACAAUAAUUUUUUACUUAUCAACGAUAA